AAUAGCAUUCCUCUUAAAUUCAUAGAAUAUGUUUCACACCACCAAGAGGCCUCAAUCCUAUUACAAUGCCCAUAAGGAUUCAAGCAUUCCUCACAACAUUCUGUCUUAAGAAUAUAAAUUUCAGGCUUUUCUCGUCCCACAAAUUGUCACCCACGAAAUCAAUUAAAGGGUUAGAUGCACUAAGAGUCCUUAAACUUGUAUCCCAAAGAACGCGUGUUACUAAUGGUGAGAAUUGUCAAAUUCAUCUUAAGCUCAUUGAUGACUUGUUGGAAAACAGUGCAACUAUCCCUCUUGCUCACAAUUCAGCUACUCGGGGGAGUGCAACUGAAAAGACUAUUCAAUCCUCUGUUCUACAGAUGGAACAAGAAUUCGGAGUUGAUGCGAGUUUCUUGUCACAGGCUGUGAGCUCAUGUGGGUCCAAGCGUGACUUUUGGGGAGGAAUUCAAUAUCACUGCUUGGCAAUAACAACUGGGUUCAUUCACAGUGUUUAUAUUGGAAGUUCUUUGAUACGUUUGUAUAGCAGGUGUGCCUUAUUGGGUGAUGCAUACCGUAUGUUUGAAGAAAUGCCUGUGAGAAAUGUAGUUUCAUGGACGGCAAUUAUUUCUGGGUUUGCACAAGAAUGGCGUGUUGACAUGUGUUUGGAGCUCUUCCAUCGAAUGAGGGGUUCAGAUUUGAGACCAAAUUAUUUUACGUACACUAGUCUUCUGAGUGCUUGUAUGGGCAGCGGAGCUUUGGGACAUGGUAGAUGUGCACAUUGUCAAAUAAUUCAAAUGGGUUUUCAUUCUUACCUCCACAUUGAUAAUGCUCUCAUUGCGAUGUAUUCCAAAUGUGGGGCAAUUGAUGAUGCCUUGUACAUAUUUGAAAAUAUGAAGGACAGGGAUGUUGUCACAUGGAACACCAUGAUCAGUGGCUAUGCGCAGCAUGGGCUUGCACAAGAGGUGAUUAAUCUCUUUGAAGAGAUGAUAAAGCAAGGUGUUCAUCCUGAUGCUGUUACUUACCUUGGCGUCUUAUCCUCGUGUCGGCAUGGAGGUCUUGUCAAAGAAGGUCAAGUUUACUUUAAUUCCAUGGUUGAGCAUGGUGUGCAGCCAGAGUUAGAUCAUUAUUCUUGCAUUGCGGAUCUUCUUGGUCGGGCUGGUUUGCUUCGGGAGGCUCGUGAUUUCAUCCAAAAUAUGCCUAUUUUUCCCAAUGCUGUAAUAUGGGGUUCACUACUUUCUUCCUCCAGGCUUCAUGGAAAUGUUCAGAUUGGCAUCCAGGCAGCAGAGAGUAGGUUAUUGUUGGAACCAGGGUGCUCAGCAACACUUCAACAGCUAGCGAAUCUAUAUGCAAGAGUAGGUUGGUGGAAUCAGGUAUCACGAGUGCGAAAAUUAAUGAAAGACAAAGGUCUCAAACCAAAUCCUGGUUGUAGUUGGAUUGAAGUCAAAAGCAAAGUCCAUAGAUUUGAAGCACAAGGUAAGUCAAACAACGGAAUGACUGAGAUGCUUUUGAUGAUGAAUAGUCUGAUAGACCACAUGAGAAGUUUAAACCUUCAGUCUCAGAUGUGUGAGGAGGAAAAUAUUUGGUUUUCACAGUGCUAACUCUGUUGUCGGGGCUUGCUAACAUUUCCAGCAUUGACAUUCAGAGUUGGCAUGGGUAGGAACAGAGGGCAGUCAUUUUCUAGUCAGUGAAAUGUUCAUUGGUGGUGUGAAAUUCAAGAAACAAUGCAAGCAAUAAGGUUCACGUGACAUUUGAUGUUGGUUGAAAGUGCUAAUAAUGCUCCUUGUCCUUAUCAGGACCAUAAUUAUUGCAGAAAAACUGACACGUGUUAGUGCAGUGACUGUGGUAGAAACUUAAGCAAGCAUGAUGUGGAUUCUGUCCCAUGGACAAAGUGCAAUAGCACCCAUUUGACUUCAAUUCACUUGGUCAUUGUUAAAGGAUGACACAAUCAUCAUCUUGGCAGUAGAAUUGGGAAAAGACUUCCUUGACACUUGAUUUUAACAAAUAAUAGUGUCACCUUGAGGCUGACAUGACUGAGAAAACCUUCAUUGGAUAUCACGUACAUGAUGAAGCAAUGCAUGUGUAGCUCAUGCAACUUCCACAUCAGUUCAAAUCGCUGGAGGUUUGAUUUACAUCAUGGAGAGCAUCUCAAGAUUUUGGAUGUUAAAUUACCAAGAAGUUUUGUUUCAUAGGGUAUUGGUUGGUUAGUUUAUUAGAUUAAAUCUCGUAAUGAAUCAUGAUUGAUUUUCAUGACUGAGUCAUUCAAAAUUAUGUAUACUUGCAUACUUCCUAGUGUUUUAUACUAAUUUUAAUCAUAAGGAUU